AUGGACGAGAGAUCACCGCUAGUCCAAAAUCAAAAUCAGAAUCGUAGCCCUAACCAGUCUCAGGUGAUUGUUCGAGAAAACCUUUGAAAUACAAUUCAACGAACUCUAUACUCUUCAUAUAUCUUAAUGACAUUUCGGCUAGCAGUCAGCACAUUUAAAAUCUUAUCAUGCGGCAUAGUACUCUCGUUUUUUGCAGCUUCAUGCAAUGCUCCUUUGACUCUUUGGGUUUUAGUUAGCAUGGUCUUGGAAAUUGGGUACUUAAUAAUGCUCUUUUUUAGAAUUCCACAUGUAAAAAUAGUUAGAGACGGAGGAGAAAUCAAUGAAGGUUUAGCCUUACACAAUUAAAUAAAUAUUUUUUUAAAGUUAUAAAAUAAAAAUAAUAAUUCAUAAAUGUCUUUAAUUCCCAAAUAGGAGUUAGGAUUCCUUUUUAAGCUCCAAACAGCUUUAUAUCUUUGCUGGCUGGUUCCUGGAAAUAUUUGAUAUUGGCGAUGCAAAGACUGCUACAAUGAUGCACCUGUUCUUACAGCUCUCGUUUUUGCUUUGCUUAUUUUAGGAUACUGUUAUUUACUUAUUCCAACAAUGCUUGUGCUCUGCUUAUGUGCAUGCUUACCAGUUGCGAUCAUAUUCUUGAUGUUUAUUUCAAAUACUUCUCAAUUGCCAGCUACAGAAGGGAUGAUAAAAGAUCUGAAAUCAGUUGAUUAUGACUCAUCAGUUAACAAAGGAGACACAUCUUGCUCUAUAUGUGCUGUCGAAUACGCAGAAAAAGACAAAAUCAUUGUUAUGGAAUGUGAUCCAAGGCACUUUUUCCAUGAAGAAUGCAUAAAGAGAUGGCUCAGAAUCAAUUCAAAUUGUCCUAUUUGUAGAACUCCUUUCUUAAUGGAUUAA